AUGGUUAUGGAAGCAGCUUCCUGGCUACGGGAUUACGUCACCGCAAUAAAAAAUGGCAGGGGACCGUCAGGCACUAUGCUGGCGGAGCUAGCAAAGCUGUCGAAGGACCAAGAACACUGCGAAGUGAUUUUCGCUGUACUUGAGUACCGCAUUCGGAGCCCCGAGCACAAGUGGCUGUGCGUGUACAAGGUGUUGGACUACCUGCUUCAGAGGGGUAGUCAGCAUUGUUGUAAUGCGGCCCAGGAGCUUGUCGUGCCGCUGGGAGCUCUGCAGAACUUUGCUUUUGUGGGACCGGACGGGAAGGAUCACGGAAUGAAUGUCCGGAAGAGGGCCGAGGCGGUUAAGGCUAUGAUCCUGGACUCCGAGACACUUGAAAAAAAGCGGGCGGAGUUUGCGGCGCGAGCGGGCAACAUGAAGUUUGCUGGCUACUCCAGGGAGGAAGCCAUGGCCGCUGCAGCGGCGGCGAAGGGCGGCGGCGGCGGCUACAGCGGCGCACCCUUUGCAGGAACGACGAGCACGGACUCUUCCCCGGGCGGGCCCUUGACGCCUGCGCCAGCGUUGGCGCUCUGGGAUGCGGCCGGUGACGGGAGCAGCAGGGAGGGGACCGCUGUCGGUUGCCCGGCUACCACUCCCAUGGCGUCCUUGGGGCCGCCCGGGAGUCCGCCUGGGGAAUGUCCGGCGUCGCCUUCGACGUACAGACCGCCGUCAAUGCUCCUCGUAAGACAGGCUUCCUCCGCUACUCGGCUGGGUCAGCAGCUGUCGUCCUCCCUCCGUAAUGCGGGGGAGACCAAGGGCGUCACGUUCGAGCAGAACAAGCGGCAGUUGGAGCAGCUGCGGCAGCUGGUCUUGCUCAAGGACAACACCACAUGCGCGGACUGUGCGUCAGCUGCCGCUGCGGCCCGACCCACUUGGGCUUCCAUCAACCUGGGGGUCUUCAUCUGCAUGCGCUGCGCGGGGAUACAUCGCGGCCUGGGCGUGCACAUCUCAAAGGUCCGCUCCACCACUUUGGACACCUGGCUGCCGGAGCAGGUGGAUAUGAUGGCUCGCCUGGGAAACCGCCGGGCGAACGCGUAUUUUGAGGCCAGGUUGGAUUCCGCCACACGGCCCAAUCGCGACAGCACCCACGACCUGGAGCGCUUCAUUCGGCUCAAGUACGCAGACAAGGCCUGGGCUGCCAACGGCCCCUGGCCUCCGGAGGACGGUGUGGCCAUCGUGACAGCCUCAGGCCCGCAGGCGCCUCAGUCAGGCUCAGCCUCGGCUAAGCAGCCUAGCGGCGCGGCCGGCGGCGCACCGUUGCUGUGCUCCCCGCCGCCGCCGCUCCCCGGCAACUCCAUUCCUCCCUUCAACUUGGAUUCCGCCUCCGCUUCUGCCUCGAGGGGAGUUUCCUUGUCCCCGGUUGUGGAUGUGGCCUCCUCGGGUGGCGGCUUCGGUGAUGCGCCGCCCGCCUGGCCCUCUCCUGCCCCGUCAGUGACCCCGCCAACUAGCGCUGGGACAUCCAAUCUAGGGAUGUUGCGGCGGCAGGGGAUGCUGCAGGAAGGGCAAUGGAUGGGCCAGCAGCCACAACAGAGUUUCGUGCCGUCCAGGCUGGGGCAGACGGCUGAAGCUCCCUGGGCGGUGGCGCCUGCCGCCGCCGCCGCCGCGGCCGCCGGAAAGAGUGCCGCUGGCGGGACGGCGGUGCGGCUGCUGCCGCCGCCGCCGCCGCAACCCUUGCCGCCGCCGCCGGCAUCUGGUCUCGCGGUAGGUGCAGGCUUCGGAGCAGCGGGUGCAGCCAGUGCUGUGGCCCCAUCGGGCCAGGAGGGGAUUGGCUUGCUGUCUUCAACGACGGACUUGCUACAGCUGGAUAGCGAUGAAAUCGAGCAAGAUGGCGAGGACAUGGAGAGCGGUGGCGAGGGCACGGAUUUGCGCGGAGGCGCUGGAGGUGGCCCGGGUGCCGGAAGCAGCCUAGCGCUAUGGGACUUGCUCGACCUGAAUGUGGGAGUGAUGGACUUUUUGGAACGAACGGAAGGAGGCUGCCAUCCACAUCCACAUAAACAUCCGCAGGCUGAGGAGCGGCAGCAGCAGCAGGAACCACACCGACUGCUGGUGUCGAGCGCACCACCGGUUGUUGGCGGCCCUGGCGCUGGCGCCGGCCCCCAAGCCGUACCCGCUGCUCAGCUCACGUCUGAUAGUGCGGUGCCUACGACGGGCUUGGCUUAUUUGAGCACGGCCGCCGGCUGCCUGCCGGGGUUUGGAACCCCAGCCUCGACGGAUGAGGCGACGGCGGUGGCGGCGCCGUCGUCUUCGCAGGGUAUGGGUAUGGGCACAAGCGGGAGGGCCACCUACGUUACCGGCCCGACGCGUCUGGGGGUAGCUGACUCCGUGAUAAUGACGUCAGAGUUUCCAGUAUAUGAUCUUUUGACACCGCUUCCGACGGGAGGCGGUGCGCCGCCUCCGAUGGCGAUAGGGCCGACGGCGGCGGUGGCGACAGCAGCCGGACCCACCCUGGCCACCAGCCGCUUCGCCGCCAUCAACGUCGCCGCGCCUACCGCCAGCGCACCUACCGCCAGCGCGCGACCUGUGGAUGCGCCACCUAGGGCAUUCUCUCCGCCAUUUCCGCCGCCGCAGCAGCAUCAGGUGCAGUAUCCGGCGACCCAGCAGCCUUCAAGCGCCAUCCAGCAGCUGAGCAAUGGCGGCGUCACGGCCGUGGCUACAAUCUCAACCACAACUGCCGUUUUUACUCCCAACACCUCCGGAGGAGGAUUUCAGCCGAACAGCAGCUUUGGGAGGUCAGUUGGAAUGGCGCGGAUGGGCCAUGGCAACGGCAUGGGCAUGGUUAUGGGCAUGCGAGGCGCUGCACCGCAUCCGGCUUCUGCUGCUACUGCUGCCCACGGGCCUGCCAUGGACCUGGACAACCUCCUCGCGAUGCAACUGGACAACCUCGAUGCCAGCCUUGCGAAAGGCCCCAAUGCGAGCAGCGGCGGCGGCAGCGGUGCAGGAGGUGGGAAGCCUAGCUGGCAGGCGUCAGGGUCUGUUGGAGGUGUGUUUGGCAGCAUGGGUGGCGGCUACGGCUGA